CGUCUCUUAAUCCUGCUGUACACCCCUGUAGCUUCAAGGGGCUCUUGGUUUCCUCUCCCCAUUCACUUGUAUUCUGACAGGACUAGGUGGGCUUUACCUGAGUCAGUGUCCUGGAAAACAAAAGGAUCAAAAAGAGACUGUAGGCUGACUAGAUGUUACACUAAAGUCAUGGAACAGUUGAUCAAUAGUGGAACUCAGACGGACCCCGUGGUCGUGCUUUCCCUGGCGCAGGCAGCUGUUUUAGGCUUGAUUUCUCAGAACGAAGUGUUUGGAGCCACCAUAGCGCCCAAUGGCUUCUACACCGGAGAACCCAAAGUGUCCCCUCCUCCACAGCAGGAGCAACUGGAAUAUGGUUUUACUGACCAGCUCAUCGGGGCCAAUGGAGACUACCUUCCAGAGACAGAGGACGGGGAGCCCCCGGACGCAGAGGAGAGGAGGAAACCCGGCCCGAAAGGGAAAGGGAAAAGAAAGCGGGAGGAGUCCUCGGGGUCUGAAGGUCUGGACUCAGAGGAGGCGAAGCAGGUCAAAACAGAGGGCUGCUCUAAAACAGACAGAAGCCAGAAACCAGCCAGCCCUUGCACUGGGGACAGGAUGAAAAUGAUUAACCUGUGCUGCUUUAAAAGCAAUCCUCCACACCUAGUCACUCCUGUAACACGUCACAAGCACAAGCAGAACGGGAACUGCUGUCCCAGCUGCAAGGAGGAGGGUAAAACCAGACGUGAUGAUGAUGCAGAGGAGGAGGAGGAGGAGGAGGAGGAGGAGGAGAAGAAUAAGGACCUCUCUGAACCCAGCGAAGAGAGCCAGGACAGCCCUGUUUUGAGCCAGUACUUUGAGCCCAGCGAAGUGGGGUACGAGUCCGGGGAGGCGGCCGGGCCGGAGGGUGAGUUUGAUGAGAACAGCCAGAACAUGAGCUGGCAGGAACAGACGGACAGUGAGGGAAACGCGCAGCACAGCCGACGGGUGCAGAUUGACCGGCUGGACAUCAACGUGCAGAUUGACGAGUCCUACUGCGUCGACAUGGGUGAAGGGCUGAAGCGCUGGAAGUGCCGCAUGUGCGAGAAGUCUUACACCUCCAAGUAUAACCUGGUCACACACAUCCUGGGCCACAGCGGCAUCAAGCCCCACGAGUGUCCACACUGUGGCAAGCUCUUCAAGCAGCCCAGCCACCUGCAGACACAUCUCCUCACCCACCAGGGCACGCGGCCGCACAAGUGCGACGUCUGCAAAAAGGCCUUCACUCAGACCAGCCACCUCAAGAGGCACAUGCUGCAGCACACGGACGUCAAGCCCUACAGCUGCUGCUUCUGCGGGCGCGGCUUCGCCUACCCCAGCGAGCUGAAAGCUCACGAGACGAAACACGAGAACGGGCGCUGCCACGUGUGCGUGGAAUGUGGGCUGGACUUCCCCGCACUGAACCAGCUCAAGAGGCACCUGGCCACGCACCAGGGCCCCACCUCCUACGAGUGCUCAGAGUGCAGCAAGUCCUUCCACUACCGCAGCCAGCUGCAGAACCACCUGAUGAAGCACCAGAACAUCCGGCCGUUCGUCUGCAGCGAGUGCGGCUUGGAGUUCUCCCAGAUCCACCACCUGAAACAGCACGCGCUCACACACAAGGGUGUAAAAGAAUUCAAAUGUGACGUGUGCUCACGAGAGUUCACGCUGUCGGCGAACCUGAAGAGGCACAUGCUGAUUCACGCCAGCGUGCGCCCCUACCAGUGCCACAUCUGCUUUAAAACCUUUGUUCAGAAACAGACGCUCAAGACGCACAUGAUUGUCCACUUACCUGUCAAACCUUUCAAAUGCAAGGUCUGUGGAAAAUCCUUCAACCGAAUGUACAACCUCCUGGGCCACAUGCACCUCCAUGCAGGCAGCAAGCCUUUCAAGUGCCCGUACUGCUCCAGCAAAUUCAACCUGAAAGGCAACCUGAGCCGACACAUGAAGGUCAAGCAUGGCAUCGUGGACAUAUCUCUGGACGGGCAAGAUCUGGACAUGAACAGCUCUGAAAACCCUGACAUGGAGGGUCAGGAAGACUAUGAGGAAGAUAAUUCCUAUGAUUACACUGAAUCAGAAACCCCUGACAACACACAAGACAUUUCCAAACUGUCUGAGGAGGCCAUGAAAGACAUGGGGUACUAUGACUUUGAGAAGGAGACCGACAGAUACCCAAUGGCUUGAAGGCUGCGAUGCAGUGUUCACUACAGUGAUGGGGAUGGGAGGUUCAAAGAGCCUGACGGCGCUCGGGGCACUGGAUUGGUUGACUGUUGACGGCCCCAUCACAGAGCCCUACUGAACUUCCAAGAAGUGCCUGCGGUGAGACAUGCUUAACAAUGCAGCUGUUCUGCCUCCAGGUCCCACUAGAUUGUACUGAAACCAGGUAUAUACAGUAAGGAAGGCAAACGGUUUCACACCCCAGUUCAAUGGGUGCCCAGUGAAACCAGUGACUGUUCAAUAUUCCUGCAGAAAAGUCCUGGCACUGUCUAGCCAUCCCUAGGGGACCUCUGGAAAGAAAAAAUAAAAACAUUUGGAUGCAUCUUUUUCUCAUGUUUCCAAAUGGUCUGAAGUAUUAUUCGUUGAUUGUGGUAUAAAUAGAACUUGUGGGGGAAAAAGUAGUCUUGCUGAUAUGUAACAGCCAGGGUCAGAGAAAAUAACAAACAACGAUUUACAAACCAGUACUGCUAGAAAGUGUAUAAAAGCUCCUACAGUGAUGGAGGCAAAAUAGCCCCCCAACUGUGGGUCACGAUACUCUCAUUCUAAAAUGUAGGAUAUGGAUCCUCAGGUAAUAGCCUGCAUUGUCCAAGGCAGGGUUGAGGGGUUUACAUUGGCUGCUGCAUAAUUGGAACAGCAUCAGUGCAGCUUGAAAAGGUAAUACUGUUUAGAUGGAUUGUUUCCUGCACAGAGAGAGUUGUCAGGUUCACUGUUAUUAUGACUGUUUUAUCAGUCCACUAGAUGGCAACCUUUAAGUGCACUGUGCUUCAAUUCCGAGUCACUGCUGUUGAUGCUUCCCUGUGAAAUCCUAGUGUGAUUUUAUGAACCCAGUCAAACCUCAAACAGGAAUCAGCCCUGGGCUUCUAGGGUUUGUUUAUUGACACUGUGGUGCCAAUAAAAAGAUGCUACUAUGUGUUAGUGAUGGAGGCUGAAAGAUAACAUGCUGUUGCUGCCUCCACAUGGCCAGCUUGGUGGAACAUUGGUGAAUAUGGAUUGUCUCCUGAAACCCUUUGUAUUCCCUGAAUGCCAGGGUUUGAAUUGGAGACACCUCCAAAGUGAAGUCCCUUUCGGGCCGUGGGUGAUUCUGUAGUCAGGGCAGGGUGAUGCACCGAACCCUGGAGUAAAGAAUGGGAAAACAACUGAAACAAGACUUAAGGACGCUUUGGCUGUAUUGCCUUUUCUCUUUUCUUUUAUAAACAGUAGUAGCCCCAGGAAAGGGGGGGCUCCUACGUCCAUUACCUCUACACGAGUCUUGGUGAGUUGUUUUUUUUUUUUUCACUUUGUUUUUAAAACAAGCUUCUGCAACAAAAGGAAAAACUUUUUUUGUUUGGUUGUAAAUUACUUGAACACUUCAUCUGACACUUAGACAUCAGGUGCAAUUUGAAUGAUAACUUUUCCAAUAAAAGUGUUCUAAAGAGUUAAACUUCCUAAUAAAUAGUUUUCUGGAAAUGUACAGUUCAUUUAGGGUAUCUUAUAGAGGAAUGGCUUUUUAUUUUUUUCUCUGUUUAUAGAGCAUGGUUCUACAUUUGACAAUGCGUUGCUACAUACCUGUUUUGCAAAGAUACCAAUAGAAGUUUCUCAAUAAGCUGAAAAUGUUGUCUUAACAAAAAAAAAAAUUCAAUUAAUCUUUUGCCCAUUAAAAUGAUUCCUGCUUGUAUGGAUUGAAGUAUAAGCAGUUUAGUGAUUGUAUUAGUGCUUAUUCAUGUGUUCAAGUACACUAAUCUAUAUUGUACUUCUAUUAGUUCUGUUCAAUCUCAGGGCCUUUGUGUGUUCCUUUCAUUCAUCUGGUCACUGUGGACCAAAGAAUUUGACUACUACCAAAAGAAAGACUUGAAGCCAAACAGUGCAGAAAAUGACUAUUAUUCCAGCACCUGGAACGGAGCCUCUUGACGCAUUGUACCACAUUCUUACAAAUCCUGGUUUUCUGAUCAAGAUGGGAAGACAAUUAAUGAGCAAAAGUGUGUGAAAGCUUGUCUAUGAUUCUGACCCAAAAUAUUGCAUCUGACUGCAGUAUGAACUAGGAUGAUUCCUAGAGUUGUUGUAAAAUAGCAAAACUACUUAUGUACGUUAUUGCAACUUUGUGCACCAACUAGGACCAGCAUCUGUGAAAACUCCUGCUGUAUGUUCGUGUUAAGAGUGAGAUACUGUACUGUCCACGGAGUGUGCUGUAGCAGGGCUCCCCUGCCACCAGGAGGAGCUUGCUGAAUGCUGUGCUGUGUAUUGUGUAGAGCUGCACUACACUGCUUGGCAGUAUUAACAUGUAAAUGCAUUUCAGAUAUUACUUUUAGGCAUUAACAAGGAUACAGGUGGGGGGCAGAUUCCCAUGGAGAUCUUUCAUUAUCCAUCUCCACCACACUGAAGCAUUUAAAAGGCCUCCCUCUCAUCUCCGUAUAGUUUAUAAUACUUGAGUUUCCUAAAGAGCAUGCCAAUAACAAAUACACUGGAGAUACAAGGACACUAAUAUGCCCUGUGUUGGGGACUCUCUCCAGUAGCUGACAGAGGUUGAGUUGCUGUUGACUAAACUGAAGUAACGGUGCAGACAAUAGAGAAGAUAUUGCAUUUCCUAACCUUCAGUUAAGACACAAAUAAAACCUUUUGAAAGGAUCAGACCCGUUUUCAUUUCUGUUGCAUUGGUGUGAAUAUACUGUACAUCUAAAAUGUUGUGUACCUGACAAGAAUAUUGUAAAUAAUAAAUUUAUUUACCUUUUAAAAAUACUGAUCUGUGUAAGUCUAAUUUAUUACCCACUUAGUUCACUGUGUUUGUAACUUGGCAUUGGGCUUGGAUAAUGGGCCUCUGGAACUUCAAAACUCAAGCAAAAUUCUGAGGUAGAGCUUGAAGGAAACUCAGGCAGGCAAACCUGCUCCAGUUUCCACCCCAAUAAUAUGAAGAGUUACUUAAGCUUGCAGAAAAUAUAGUACUACCUUUUGAUGUCUGUACUGAGCAGCUAAGGUUACACUGAAAAUAACUUCCAGUUUCAUUGUCCAGUAGUUUGCUUUCAAACCCUGAACUGGCAUUGUGCCGUUGUUCUGGAUUGGGAUACCUAACACAUUACAGAACUGGUGACUCAGUGUUAAAGUGCUGAUGACUUCCUCGCUUAUAGCCUUAAAUGGGGUCUGUCGCUAGUUUAAAAAUCAUCUCCAUAAAAAAAAAAAAAAAAAAAAAAAAAAAAACACAAGGAGGCCAUCCUCAGAAUAUGCAGACUCUAAAACCCUUCAUACAAAAAACGAAUGAGACACAAAUCACACCCCCUAACUAGCAGAAGUAAUAAAAGUGGAGGUUUUACAAUGGUUUUUAUUGCUUGAAAAUGGGAGUUAAUCAAUUUCAGUAAUUUAAAUAUCUGUAUUACAGUGUUCGAGGUGUACUUCACAUUACAAAACAGGGACUCGGCGGGGAGAACCAGCAAGACGAUUUACCCUGUGACGGUGCACUCACUGACUGCAUGUACCUGCUUGUCCAGACUC